GACCUAGUCCCUAGUCCGAAAAGGACUUGAGAAGAGGAAAACAAUACAUGCUCUUUUUAACACAACGGAACAUCAUGUAGGGAGAGGACAACAGCUUGAACGAGUGGUUAUUCGUCAAAUAACGAUGUCAUCUUGCAAACUUGUGGAUAUCAGGAAGCAUGCGUUAAAAACAGGAACUCAUUGGAUGAGUUUUAGCGGUUGGAGAAGCGAGACAGAAGUUAUUAUUAGUUAUAGUUUAUUUGAAUAGUCUAUGCUUCUGGACUGGACCUGCAGCGAAUCUCAUAAUUUAAAAGUGCAACAGGUUGGAAGAUGGUGUCGUGGAUUAUAUCUAGGGCCAUCGUUCUUGUGUUUGGAACGCUGUAUCCUGCGUACUACUCCUUUAAAGCCGUCAAAUCCAAGAAUGUCAAAGAAUAUGUGCGAUGGAUGAUGUACUGGAUUGUGUUUGCUCUUUACACAGUGGUGGAGACCAUCACAGACCUUUCUUUGGCUUGGUUUCCAGUUUACUACGAAGUGAAAAUGGCUUUCGUCUUUUGGUUGCUGUCUCCCUACACUAGAGGAGCCAGUGUCCUCUACAGGAAGUUCCUACACCCUAUGCUGGCAUCCAAGGAGAGGGAGAUUGACGAGUAUAUUGUCCAGGCCAGAGAGAAAAGUUAUGAGACCAUGGUGAAUUUUGGGCGGCAGGGUCUCACGAUUGCGGCUGCUGCUGCUGUCUCCGCUGCUGUGAAGGGACAGGGAGCUAUCAGUGAACGUCUGAGGAGUUUCAGUAUUCCAGACCUGACGCAGUUCCCCUCUGAACAAUCAGCAUUCGCCAACCCCAGCCGACGGGCCCUCCAGCCUGCUAACCCUAGUGCUGCUGAUUCUGAGCCAUAUAAACAAGCAGGGGAGGGGCAUGAGGAGGAAACAGAUGGAGUAUUCUCCGAAGACGAGGCGUCAGUGCAGAAGGGUCUACGCAGAUCUCAGAGUGUGAAACUCACCCGUGCCAAAGCAGCACGCAAAGAGCCUCGCUAUGGCUCUCUGAAGCUGAAACCCAGAAGGCGGCAAUUGAUUGCAUCAUCCACUUUUGACCACCCUUGAUUGUCCAAUACAAACCCACAGAUGGGAUCAGCAUCAAAACUGCAGUCUAAUCUUCGGUUUAAGUUUUAUCCUAAACUUUGGAUGAAUGCUAAUGCUCUUUCAAAGCAGCACUAAACACAAAACUACAACUACAAACAGACUUACAGCAUGAAUAAUGACUUUUACAUUUAUUCAUUUAGUAGAUGCUAUUUCCAAAGUGAUUUACAGAUGAAAAAUACUACAAUACAAGUGACAAUGAUGCAGAAUGAUGAAUAGAGAAUAUUGCAUGUGGCUUUAUUUGUUCAGAAAAAAAUACCAAAGCCUUAUAUGAGUACAGGAAGACUACGAAUGUACUAAAAAUGUCAUUUAAAAGUGGAUCUGAGCGCAUCUGAUCUGUAACUUGACCUGAACCUGCCUCUGUAGAGACAUCUCUUAUUACGCAUGGUGUAAGAAGCACCGAUAUCCCUGGUGUCCUCGCUCUCCCUCUACAGGGGCGGGUGUCCAAGUCAAAGGUUUCUGUAGUGUGAGCCUUUCAGCCUGUUUUCACAGUAAUGAAAUAGAGCAGGAAAAAAAUCUGACUAAAAAAAAGAGUGUGCAUGUUAGCGGGUUUUUGUAUAUGCAUAGAUGUUUCAGCUGGUUCAUCUUUACAUUUCCAUAGUUUUGCCCAGAAUGAAAGUUCUGUCAUCAUUUAUUCACCCUCAUAUCAUUCCAAACCCAUAUUAAUUUAUUUUUUCAAUGGAAUGCAAAAGGCAUAUUUUUGAACAAUAUCCUAUACGCUCUUUUCCAGUAAAUGGGGAUUCGGCCUGUCAAGCAAGCUCCAAAAUGACAGAUAAAGAACAUCAAAGUAUCAUAAAAGUGGUUUAUUUGACUACAUGCAUCAAUCAAAAACAUUGAAGCCAUUUUUCUCAAGUUCAGUAUUAUUGCAUUUUGUCUUCACUCUGUGAAGUCAACAGUUAUUUACUAAAUUCUUAAAUGGACUACUGAAAGUUCAGAAAUUGCAUGUUAACAACAUACACCAUUGGUUCAUUUUAGAACUACAGUGCAAGGGAAGAUUUUCAGUAAAUUUUAAUGUUCCAACGAAUUCAUACAGGUUUGGAAUGACAUGAA